AUCACGGUUCGUACAUCCUAUACAUCUAAACAAUUUUCAAACAUGAAAUUACACAGAAAUAUAUGUCGAUGAUAUUUGUCAUUCCUACGAUCUAUUUCGCAUGAUCGUGCUUCUUUCCUAAUGCAAAUUCAAUUUAUAAUACGAACUAAGUUUCCUUUAUUGUUGUCAGUUCCGCGUCUUUCUAAAUUGCCACAGUUUUUCGCUCUUUGUUGCAAAACAUUGAAUCAUAGUGUGAACCAAGUUUCUUUUAUUAGAUUCAUUGACCGUUAUCAGUCCUGCGUCUUUUCAGUUCGUCACUGUUUUAUUUUAGGACGAUGACUGGCUUCAAUAUACUGUUCGCAUGUUUGGGGUUAAUUGUCCUCCUGCAUCCAUCAGUUCAAGCGGGGCGCACUAAAGCAACCUCGGAUGUGCCCUUGCGUCCACCACACUGUGGUUUCAGCAACGUUACGCAUACCAGGGUGGUUGGUGGUAGACCAGCUAAACUUGGUGCUUGGCCAUGGAUCGCUGCAGUAGGAUUCCGUAAUUACUCAAACCCGCAUUGGGUAACACAAUGGCUGUGCGCAGAUACCCUAAUAUCGGCUAGGCAUGUUUUGACCGCAGCACAUUGUGCAGAUAACGAUGAUUUGUACGUGGUUCGUAUCGGGGAAAAUCUAAAACGAGAUGACGACGGAACGCACCCUAUUCAAAUAGAAGUCGAAUCUAAACUAAUACAUCCCGAUCAUUCUGCCGAGUCGAACAAUAAUGAUAUUGCUAUUCUUAAACUGAAGGACAAUGUUCCAUUUUCGGAGUACAUACAUCCCAUUUGUCUCCCCAUAGAGAAAUCCCUUCGAAAUAAAAACUUCGUGGGCUAUAACCCCUUCAUUGCUGGAUGGGGAGCAUUAAACUUUAAUGAAUCAUAUACUAACGCAUUAAUGGAACUGCAACUGCCAGUGGUUACCAACGCCGUAUGUGAGGAUUUUGACAUAACUAUCACCAAUAAAGAAAUAUGCGCCAGCGGAGACCCUCGAGGUGGAAAGGAUGCUUGUGGAGCUGACAGCGGAGGACCACUGAUGAUACCACAGCAAUUCACCUACUAUCAAAUAGGUGUUGUGUCAUCUGGUCAUAAAUGCGGCGUACCUGGUUAUCCGGGCAUUUACAUGAGAGUUACGUCGUACCUCGACGACUUCGUUAUCCCAGUGUUACAAAAUUAUUAGUAUCCCAUAAAUAUCAUUCUUCGUGCACGAAAAAUAAAGUUGGAAUGUAUUAUUGUGGAGA